AUGGCGUCGCACAAAGUGUGUUUCACUGAGGAAGGGAAGAGAAAAAUUUACGAAGCUUUAACUUUUGCGGGGCCUUUAGAUCCAAGUAACUAUUUGACUUUCAAGUUGCUCGGGCUUAGAAAUAUCGCUAGAAGCUAGUUCACAGAAAGAAGCUGCUACAAAAUUCUGGCAUUGCUUGUUUUCUGUGGACCCAAUGAUUAUUUUAUAUACGAAAGAGAGACCUUUAACUUUCCAGUGUGAAAACCGUGAAAGUGGGGAAAGAAUAGAGUAUAGAGGUUAUGUAAGUGUUAUAGUCAGGCAGAUAGAGGAUCAUAAUUAUGGAAAACUUAUGAUAUUGUGGGACAAUUCUAUUUUGCCUUCAUAUUGUGCCCUGAAGACUAGUAAGUAUGUUUCUGUAUGUUGGGCGCGUUAAAAUUUCUUGUGGGCUCCUGCCGACAUGUUUUUCUUCGAAUUUUGUAUUAAUCUCUAUUACAGUUAAAAAAUGUGAAAUUUCAGCUACAUUUCUAAUACAAAUUACUUGCAUCAAUAGAAAGCUAAUAAAAAACUACAUAUAAGACAGUUAAAUGGUUAGUUGGGAUUUUCAAGCAGUUUUCGAGUUAUUGCUGUUUCAAAUGUGAAAAAUAAGACAAAAUCUCGCAAAAAUUCUGGGUACUAGUCUGAAAAUACGCUUUCAACCGCUCAAAACUAAAGAACAACUUGAAAAACCCUGGUAACCGUUUAAAUGUCUUAUAUGUGGUUUUUUGCAAGCUUUCAAAUGAUGUAAAUCAUUUGUGUUAGAAAUGUAUUUGAAAUUUCACAUUUUUUAACUGUAAUAGAGUUUAAUACAAAAUUCGAAGAAAAACGUGUCGGCAGGAGCCCACAAGAAAUUCUAAUGCGGCCAACAUACAGAAACGUACUUACUAGCCUUCAGGGCACAAUAUGAAGGCAAAAUGGAAUUGUCCCACGAUAUCGUAAGUUUUUUUCCUUCUAUCUGCCCGACUAAUAGUUGCACAGGGCGAAAGCCUCUGAUUGUAACUAGCAGAAUUUUAAAAAGAGUUACGAGCGAUUUAACAAUUCAGAGCGACGAAGCAACUGAUAAUGACAAAUAUGAGAGUCAAUUCAAUGCCCAUACACUUGAGCGUGAAGACGAUGAUGGAAUUCAUGGAGAUAUUGGCACAACUGUAGAUGAGAUCAUAGAAGGAACUUUGCAUCGUUACUUUUGCUACCCGAAUUUUAGACCUCUUCAAAGAUAUAUUAUCAAAGCAAUACUCAGCCAUACUGGAAAGUUUGUAUGUUGUGCCAAAGAUCUUUGGCAUGUAGAAAUUAUAUAUGCGCCAAAAUUUGGCACAUAAUUAGCUUAAAAUCUGAAUGUUCUCGUUUUGGCGUGGCAUGACAGUCUAUCACUGACAGUUUGACAGCAUGAAUGACUGAAUGACACAUAUGUACCAAAUUUCGGGACAACUAGAGCUUGAAAGAAUGAAAAGUUGAAAUUCACGUAUUUCACGAAAAUGAAACAUUUUCUCGACACAUAUUUAUGUUUCAUUGCUACUGAUGCUUUGGUGUCUUUCGACACAUCGAUGUAAAUGUUUUGAAAGUUUUGUUUGUGGAAACACACAGCUCAUCAUUGAGCUCAAAAUCUAUUAUUGAGCUCAAUGAAUGAGCCAAUAUAAAAAGCUAUAUUUAAAAGAAGGUUUUAAUUUGUACUAAAUAUCAGAACUAUAUUUUUAAAAGUUAAAUAAAAAAUAUAGAAAAGGGACAAUCACUGGACUCAGGAGACAGGAGCCUGAACACUUGAACAGAUAAUUUAAUAUUUAAUUAAAGUACCGGUAGACAGUAGUAAAAAGUACGUGGUCAACACUCGACUAGUCAAGUGACUCAAGUGGACUGAAAGUGAAAGCCGAAAGGUAUUGCAUUUUGCUAAUUUACAUUUAUAUUAAAAGAGUUGAAAGAGGCUUGAUUUGGAUUAUGAAAAAUAGAAAGUCAUUUCUAAAUUAUAUUAUAUUUUCUUAAUUAUGAGUUAUUUAUGAUGUACGAAAGGUAGCAGGUACUAUAGCACUCACUAGGUCCAAGCAAAAUUAAUCUUAAAUUAACGACAUUAUUCAGUUAUAUGUUUAAUCGCAAUUUCAAUAAACACACAUAAUAACGUUUUUCAAAAUUUUUGGACAAACAAUUGAAUAAAGAAAAAAUAAACCACCAAGCUGGGCACAGAUGCACAGUAGGCACAACCCAUGAAACCACUAGAUAGGACUAGGUGCCGAUUAGGCUGCUAGGUCAGGGAAGCUCGUAUAUCUCUGAGUCAGAGACAAGUUUAUUGGUGCCCAAUGGUGCACUUGGGAGCACUAUUUAUUUUGCAUAAUGUGUAUUCAUCAUAGGCUUCAUAGCCAGGUAGUUUUACACUUCUUGAAUGUCCAUCUAAAGUUAGACUGCCAAACAUACUUCUUGCUGUAAAUUUAAACCAAUAUUAUAUUACCACUAUAAAUGCAUGGCAUUAGUAGCAGUACCUUUUUUGUCUUUUUCUCAGGUAUGGAUGAAAUUGGAAUUUUUUAUGAAGAUUUAGCAGAAGGUAAGAAAAUACUUUGCAAUUACCAAUAAAUUUAAUUGGCGGUUCUGUUCAGAAAUAAUGAACUAUGCACUAUUUUCACUAAAUCCCAUAAUGCUUUGUGCCGGGUAUGCCAUUUUGUACCCUAGCAAUUACCUACAGGCAUAAUGCUAUGUGUCUGUAUAGUGUCAUAAGGGCUUGGUAAUCGCUGGGGUUGUUUUGGUACCCCCAGCACAUAGCAUAAUGGGAUUUAGUGAAAAUAAUGAAUAUUUUAAAGACGAAAAAAGGUAUUUCAUUUUGUCGUACAAUACAAUCAAUCAAUUAAAAAUAUAUACAAAAAUAUGUGUUAUUUUAAAAGAAAUGCAAUUUAUCUCGUUGUGUUAGUUAUUUUGUGUUGUGUUUGCCAAAAAGAGGCUUCGGGGGCUCACAGAUGCUGUGUAUGCAAAAAGAUAGCCCAUGUUAUAUGUGGUGAUAUUUCAGAUGAUGAGGAGUUAUGACAGUAAGGUGAUUUGCCUAAAUUGUAAGACCAAAAAAACAGGUAAUCUUAAAAGUUUAUGCUUUUUCUGAUAUUUAUUGGGCAUGGAUUGUAAAUACAAAAGUCGAUACAGUUCUGUAGUACAGAGGUAAAAACUUCAUUUCUUUUUUCUUAGACUUACUAGAUGCUGGUGAAAUUCAAUGUGGUGUCAGUGGAGACAGAAAAAGGAAAGCCACUACAACAAGUAACAUUUUCUACAAUUUGCUUUUGAAAUACGAUCUUUUUAAUGAUAACUGUACUGUUUUUACUUACCUGACAUAA